AUGGUAGCAGAAAAUAUUAGAGUACAAUGCUCUAUCUGUAACAAGGGAAAUACGACAUAUCUUUGUCGUGGAUGUUCAAAAGAUUUUUGUUUUCAACAUUUAACAGAACAUCGGCAAAUUCUUGACAGACAGUUAGAUGAAAUUAUUAAUGAUCAUGAUCAAUUUCAACAAACAAUUAUUCAACGAAAACAUAAUCCAGACAAUUCUCCUCUAAUUCAACAAAUUAAUCAAUGGGAAAAAAAUUCAAUUGAGAAAAUUCAACAAACAGCACUACAAUGUCGAGAAAAAGUGAUAAAAUUAACACAAAAGUCGAUAAAUGAUAUUGAAAAAAAGUUUAUUGAAUUAUCUCAGAAAUUAAAAGAAAUUCGUGAGGAGAAUGAAUUUAAUGAAAUUGAUUUAUAUCAUUUUCAACUAAAACUAACACAGAUUACAGAAGAAUUUCUUCAACCAUCAAAUAUUUCUAUUCGACAAGAUUCAAAAGAAUUUAUCAACAAAAUUUCAGUCACUUCACCAUUGGAACAAAUUCAAACAAAAAAGAAUAAAUUUCAACAAUUUGCAAUUACUGUUGCUGGAGGAAAUAGUGGAGGAUAUGGAUUAAAUCAACUUUCUAGUCCUUGGGGGAUUUCUAUUGAUAAUGAUAAAUCAAUUUAUAUUGCUGAUUCGUGGAAUCAUCGCAUUAUUAAAUGGAAAUUGUAUUCAAAGAUUGGUCAAAUUGUCGCAGGUGGAGAUAGACAACGAUAUCAAUAUAAUCAAUUGAAUGAUCCAACAAACAUAAUUUUUGAUAAAAAAAAUAAUUCUUUUAUUAUUUCUGAUACUGGGAACAAACAAGUAAUUCGAUAUUUCGAGCAAAAUCGAACAAAUCAACAAAUUAUCAUUUCAAAUAUUAAAUGUAUGGGUCUGGCAAUCGAUAAAAAUGGAUUUAUUUAUGCUUCUGAUUGUGAGAACAGUGAAGUAAGACGAUGGAAACAAGGGGAUAAAAAAGGUGAAUUAGUUGCAGGUGGAAAUGGUAGAGGAUAUCAUCUUAAUCAACUCAAUUAUCCUACUUUUAUCUUUGUCGAUGAAGAUUAUUCUCUUUACAUAUCAGAUAAAGACAAUUAUCGUGUAAUGAAAUGGAGAAAAAAUGCAAAAGAAGGAAUUAUUGUUGCUGGUGGAAAUGGUGAAGGAAAUAGUCUCAAACAGUUGUAUUAUCCUGGAGGAGUGAUUGUUGAUCAUUUGGGUCAAAUCUAUGUGGCAGAUUCUCGGAAUAAUCGAGUAAUGCGUUGGCGUGAAGGAGAUGCAGAAGGUGAAAUUGUUGUUGGUGGAAAUGCAAGAAGAUAUGGAUUAAAUCAAUUGGAUCGUCCCGCAGGUUUAUCAUUUGAUAAUGAAGGCAAUCUUUAUGUUGUUGAUCAUGACAAUCAUCGAAUCCAGAAAUAUGAAAAAAUUUGA